AUGGGUGUAGGAGGUUGGGAUGGCAGAAGUGGCGUCCCGGGCACCCUGGAUGGCAACACACCUGGGCUUCCCUCACCGCGGGGAGGGUGCCGGAGGGCGCGUCCUGUUCUGCCUUACCCGUCCCCGCCUGCGUCCUGCUGGAGCAGCCGUUCUCGGGGUCGGGCAGGGGACCAGUUGGGGCCUCCGCCCCCAGGCGGCCACCCCCGGCCCUUCUCCCAGUCCCCCGCGGGGUGGCCGCCGCUGCUCCACUGCUCCCCGUGGCGCUGGCAGCAGCAGCAGCGGACCCACCCGCCGCACCCCACAGGCAAGCGUGGGGGAGAAAGAAGAAUGGCUGAUAAAUUGCAAGAUUAUUUCAAGCCUUCGAUGCUCCAAGACCCUUGGGCGGGUCUCGAACCAGUAUCUGCGGAGGAUGUGAGCCAGCCACACGGCCGAUCGGAAACCUUCACGGACCGAAGGGGAAGGCGCUCUUGUUAA